AUGAACAUAGUGGACGCUCGGUCUCGCCUGGAAUCCGACGGCGGCAAGAAUAUGAACACCCCCACCGAAAUAUUCAGGUCGUUCCGGCUCAAGGACAAAGCUCGUUGCGCUCCUCAAACUGACGCACGGGAAUCGCAAGAAAAACCUCAAAACAUCCAAGACGGCGCCUUGGAGACAGCAAAUCCUAGUGUUUCCAUAACCUCAAUUUUAAUGCCGUCACGCAAUAAGUGUCCGCCGCAACUACAACAAGAGCACAGAGCCAUAGAUCCCCAUAAUGUUGUGCUGAAACUUCCCAAACGGCCAAAAGUGUCUGGUGGCUCGUUGCUGCAAAAUGGCAGGUUUACAAUUCAGUCCCCCCGUGUGAGGCCCGAAACGUUCAACGUGACCUUGAAAAUGGACUCAGAGAAACUUCGUACCGCUCUGCAUGCGAAACAAGUGCAUGUCGUAGAUCUCGAACAGGAAGAAGCUAUCAUAAAGCAUGAAAAACCGCAAUUCAUGAACUCGUUUUUUCGUGAUGUUUGCGAAGGCGCGAAACGAGCGGACUCGGUUGAAUUGAUAAGAAAAGACAAACCUAAAAGCAUGGACGUUCCCGUCCUCGGAAAACUGGAUUUUAUGAUUUAUGACAAAUAUGACAUACCUCAGCAUGCUUAUCUGCGGCUACAACAUAGAAAAAGAGAACAGAGCACGGCACAUGAGCUUUCAUUUUCACAAGAGGAGCACGCAAAGCUAAUGAAAUGUUUCAUCAAGAAGAGCCAGGCAAGAAGCUCUCAAUAUACAUAUAGGCAUCUUCACGAGACAAUGGAAGACGUUGUGCGUCACAAAUACCAAACGGUGCAAUGCGCGCCCUUUAACAGACUAUGCGUAGACCAGUUUUGCGACGCCAGUGCUCAGUGGUGCGAUCUGUUCAGGCCAUCUCACUAUCAGCAUAUUCUGCAACCUCAAACGUUGAAUACCGACCUAUAUUUUUGGCUGAAAAAUAUGUUUGUGAAGCUACGCAGAGUCGAUAUAGAAAAACGAACCAAGCUGCUGCGCAAGAGACGCGUGCAAGCGGAAAUGGAUGAUUUCCUUGUGGACGAAGCUUACGAAUCCGGAAACGAGACCGAGGACGAGGUUUUCGUGCCGUGCUUGAUAAUAGAAGGUCCGACGGGGAGUGGGAAGACGUCUGCAGUUUAUUCUAUCGUAAAGGAGCAACUGCAGGGUCACGUCUUUGAGCUCAACUCCAGUCAGAACAGAGCUCGUAAGAGCAUUAAUUUCCAUCUGAGGCAGAUCGGCACCACUAAAAAUGUGAAGAACGGCCAGGACUACGGUCUUAUUUUAUUUGACGACGUCGACCUGAUUGACGACGAAGACGAUAAGGAUUUCUGGCAGGCAGUGACCGAGCUCCUGACCUACUCGUACCGGCCAGUCGUGCUCACAACGCAGGAUCUGUCAAAAAUACCGCCGAAUAUCGUGGACCAGAGCACGGUCUACCGUUUUAUUCAACCAAACCACAGUGUACAGGCAGAGUAUCUGGACUUGAUAGGUCUCCGAAUGGGCAUGAAACUUGACGAUAAUAUACUGCAGGAACUGUGUGGCUACGACCUACGUCACUCUCUGAUGCAACUUCAGCUUCUGGGGAGCAGCUGUGAUCGGAAGAGGGACGGCUUGGUGGAAAUCAGGAAAGAAGACAGCCCAGAAGCUGCACCGUUGGCUUCGUUGCAACAGCUGGAGCACGACCUAGAAAUGAGAUACUGCACUGAGAGUUUAGGGCAGGCAGAUCCUGCAGUCGGUGUUGCUGUUGCUCAUCGACAGACGGUUGAUUUCUACUCGUCCAAACUCUACCAAACCGGAUCGAGAUCUCGGGCUACGAAAUAUCUGGAUGGAGAAGAGUAUCUGGCGCAGAACCCAGGCUGUGUUUUCAAUCGCGUGAGCAGGAGCGUGUUUUCGGCGGAGGUCCAGCCGUUCAUCAAGGAAAUGGCGCGCGGAGAGAUGGUGCGCAUCCAGCUCGGGGGCAGAAGACUAUUUGAUCUGAACCCGGUCGACUACUUUGAUAAGCUCUUCUGA